CGCCACUUACCUUCACAAAAGGGUAGAAAUCAUAUAUUUUGGACUGUAACGUUUCGUAUCAGUCGGCUUGCUGUCUCAACAGAAAAAAUGCAAUGCAUAACAAUUCCUCAUAUUCCACGUGAAAAUAGGACAAAUGGAGGUCUGCACGUUAUUAAAUUUGUGUGUCAAUCAGGUUUCUCACGUGCCUGACGAAUGAUCCGCCCCCUUUUUUUUCCCCCAUCCAUCACUGUCACCAUAUAGCAGAUUUAUACUGUCAACAUAAGCGUUUCGAGCUCCGAGUUACAGUGUGUUUCACAGCGGCGCUGCGUUGUUAACGCUCAGUAAGCUCGCGCUGUGAGAAACACUCCAGCCGCGGCGCGCGCGUGCGAUCGGGAAAGACAGCGCCAGAGCCCCGCAGAAGCCGCUCUCUGCCAACAGCUGGCGUGGCAUCGUGGAGACCAGACCAGGGCGCGCUCGCGCCUGCCCACGGGACAUAUAAAGGCGCGCUGGAAGCAGAAGGAGUCGAGGAGUGGUGCGCUGGCUCUGUAGCGGACGAACGGUCCCAUGGAGCGGCCAAGGAGGAGCCGGUGCUGCGCUGUAGGCGUCCCCGGGCGCUCUAACAUUCUGCACGGAGAGCAGCCUGAGCCCUGACCCGAGACGGGCGCCCUUGGGGAUCCACUCCGCUCGACGCGACACGGCGCUGCCCGAAUCGGAACGACAUGACGGUGGACGGUUCCACCAUCAAGAGCAGGAUAAGGAACCUGCUGCGCUCGCCCUCCAUCAAGCUGCGGAGGAGCAGGGGCGGCGCGCACAAAGAGAGCCUCCUCCACAAGGUAACUCUGGAGAAGGUGCUUGGCAUCACAGCGUCAGGUAAUCACGCUUUGGCCUGUGACCCUCGCUCCGGACUCGUGGCCUACCCUGCAGGGUGUGUGGUUGUGUUGCUGAAUCCAAAGAAGAACAAACAGCAUCACAUCCUCAACAGCUCCAGAAAAACGAUCACUACACUGUCUUUUUCUCCUGAUGGCAAGUACCUGGUCACCGGAGAGAGUGGUCACAUGCCUGCGGUGCGGGUCUGGGAUGUGGCAGAAAAGUGCCAGGUGGCUGAGCUUCAGGAGCACAAGUACGGGGUGGCCUGCGUUGCCUUCUCACCCAACAGCAAGUACAUUGUCAGCGUGGGCUACCAGCAUGACAUGAUUGUCAACGUUUGGGCUUGGAAGAAGAACACAGUGGUUGCUGCAAACAAGGUGUCCAGCAAGGUGACUGCAGUGUCCUUUUCUGAAGACAGCUCUUACUUCGUCACUGCUGGAAAUCGCCAUGUCAAAUUUUGGUACCUGGAGCACAACAAGUCCUCAAAGGUGAACGCCACUGUGCCCCUGCUGGGUCGCUCGGGCCUUCUUGGUGAGCUGCGAAACAACUUCUUCAGUGACGUAGCGUGUGGCAAGGGCCGCAAAGCUGAGAGCACUUUCUGCAUUACCUCCUCGGGGCUGCUGUGUGAGUUCAACAACAAAAGGCUCCUGGACAAAUGGGUGGAGCUGCGGAAAAACGACAGUAACACAACCAGCCUGGCCACGUCACUCUUUGUCACGGAGGAGCUCAUCUUCUGCGGCUGUGCCGAUGGCACUGUCCGUGCCUUCAGUCCCGUGAACCUGCACUUCAUCUGCACGCUACCACGGCCCCACAGCCUGGGCACGGACAUCGCCAUGGUGACAGAGGCUAGCCACCUGUUCUCGUACAAGACAGAGGCCCGCUACCCUGACACAGUAGCUCUGACCUACGACCCUACCAGCCGCUGGUUGUCUUGUGUCUACAAUGACCACAGCUUAUACGUGUGGGAUGUGCAUGACUUGCGGAAAGUGGGGAAGGUGUACUCUGGUCUCUACCACUCUGCCUGCAUCUGGAGCCUGGAGGUGUAUCCUGAGAUUGGGGAGAGUCAGCAGGGCUCUCUGUCCCCUGGGUCCUUCCUCAGCUGCUCCUCUGACAACACCGUGCGCCUGUGGAACACGGAUGGCCACAGUGCAGCACUCAGUCGCAAUGUCAUCAGCAGCGACCUUUUGAAGAUCAUUUAUAUGGAUAACAACACAUCCACCUUGUUGGACAUGGAGUGUAUUGCCACCAGCAACACAGAGAAGUCCGAUUGCCAGACGUCGGAGAAUCGGAGUGGUAUCAGGACCAUGCGCGUGAGCCCAGAUGGGCAGCACCUGGCGUCAGGAGACCGUACCGGCACCCUGAGGAUUCAUGAGCUUCAGACCAUGGAGGAGAUCUUGAAGGUGGAAGCUCAUGACUCUGAGAUUCUGUGCCUGGAGUUUUCCAAGCCAGAAACUGGGCUGAAGCUGUUGGCCACUGCCAGCCGAGACCGCCUCAUUCACGUGCUGGACGCCGAGCGAGAGUACAGCCUGUUGCAGACGCUGGAUGAGCAUUCUUCCUCCAUUACAGCCGUGCGCUUUGCCAGUAAUGACAGUAAGGUACGGAUGAUCAGCUGUGGAGCCGACAAGAGCGUCUACUUUCGGACGGCACAAAAGACAGGCGAAGGGACCGAGUUCACACGAACCCACCACAUUGUGCGCAAGACCACCCUCUAUGAUAUGGAUGUGGACCCCACCUGCAAGUAUGCUGCCAUUGGCUGCCAGGACCGGAACAUCAGGAUAUUUAAUAUCAGCAGUGGCAAGCAGAAAAAGGUGUACAAGGGUUCCCAAGGGGAGGAUGGAACUCUCAUCAAGGUCCAGAUUGACCCAUCAGGGCUGUAUGUGGCCACUAGCUGCUCAGAUAAGAACAUCAGCAUCUUUGACUUCUACUCUGGAGAGUGUGUGGCCACUAUGUUUGGACACUCAGAGAUCGUGACGGGUAUGAAAUUUACCAACGACUGCAAGCAUCUACUUUCCGUUUCGGGAGAUAGCUGUAUCUUUGUGUGGCGUUUGAACCCCGAGCUCACAAUCAGCAUGCGUCAGCGCCUCUCUGAGCUCAGACAGAAGGCUGGAGUGGUGCACAAGAACCCACUGCACAAGCAGGUGUCUCUCAGGCGAGAGGUGCACAGCGCCCCGCUUUUGACUGCCAUCUCCUCGGAUAGUGACAAGGAUGUAGAGGAAGAUGGCAUUGAAGAGGAAGAUGAGGAUGAAGAAGUCCUAGAUGAGAUCUCUCUGCACAUGUCUUCUGGCAGCAGUACGGGCGAUGAGACGGGUAACGUGGAGAGGACGGACAUGCGCAGCGCUCACGCCUGGGACCAGAAGAAGCAGGAGAGCAGCGCAGGAGGGCGACACUGUGAGAUGCAGUCCUCUGCAGAAGCUCCAGUGGCCCGACCGCGCCGCCGCUGGUCUCGACGAAUGGGUAGCGUGGAACUAGUGGUGAAGUCCAUGUUGGAUCUACGGCAGCUGGAGUCAUUUGCUAUGCUGCCUCCCCAUGGCAAGGCUGUACCUACAGGGCACUUAAGAGAGAACGAGCUGGGCAGCACCACGAGUCUUCAGGUUGUUGCUGUUCCGUCGGAGGACAGGGGUCCGUUGGUUUAUAGCCGUCCGCACAGCAUCUGGCUGACCCCCCAGAGUACGGAGAUGGAGGGGCCCGUGCUGUACCCGGAGGGCAUGGAGGACAGGACUAGCCUUGUGGACGGGGAGUACCAGGUAAAGGAGUUUCCCCGUGGCCCCCUGGGCAGGUGUUACCGGGGAAGCGAGUGUCACGACAAGCACAGCCCAGACAGUGCCUGCUCUGUCGACUUCUCCAUCAGCCGACUGUCAAGCCCGGAGCAGCCUGGAGAGGACUCCGAAGCCACGGAGCCGCUCAGUGUGGAUGGUAACUCCUCUGAACUGGAGGGAGACGAGCUGGAGGAGGAUGAGGAAGGCUUUGUGGGGGUCGGGGGCAAAGGGGCAGCGCCCCCAACCCCAGAGCAGGAGGCUUUCCUGAAGCAGCAUUUUGAAACCCUGGCAGAGCUCAACACAGGAAGUCGAACCAGAAGCUCGAGCACAGUUGAGACUGGCAGCAUCUCCGCCAGGUUCCUUUCCCAGAAUUCCGCUGGCAGGAAUGCCUUUCCAUUCUCUUCGAAGACAAACAGCGAUGGGCGACUCUCCAGAGCUCUGAGGCCGCCAGUGUCAGAGGUACGACCCCUCAUGGAGGAGGGCCAUCGCAAGAGCUCUGACGCUGCAUGCUCCAAUCGGGCUGGGGAAGCAGGGACGCUCCCGCGCUCUACCCCCCAAAAGAGGAGAGCCCAGGGGCUAGACCCCCGCAGAGUGGCCAGCCCAGCAGUCAAGACUGUGACCAUCCAUUCGACCUCAACUGGUCUUAGGAAGUCCCUGUCAGUGCAGAACCUUCCUGCAGAAGCUGACAUAGCACACGUGACUUCACGACCCUCCAAGGAAGUGUACCCCCAGUCACAACAGCUGCAGCCCUCUGAGCAUGACCUGCGAGUCUCGCCCCGGCGCAGCCUGCCGUCGGUGCCCGCCUCACCCCAUCACCAGGAUGCUGCCAUGCUGACCCCCAGGGGUGCCAAGCCCCGGUCAUACAUGAGCCCUACCACCAGCUCAAUGGCCAAGAUGUCCCGUUCUGUAUCGAUGGGAGACAGUCUCAAUCUUGGGGACAGCGCUGAUGGGUCACCCAGUACACCCAGCAGCACUGAAGCUUCCCAGUCCCGUCGCAGUUCAGCAUCUGACACCCCCACCUCCUCAAAGAGAAACCUUCAGGAUAAGAACAACCCAAGCUCCUCGCCAGUAGCUGUGGUACUGUCCACAUCUGCAUCCUCCCUAUUGGGCGUAUCAGCACCUCAAGCAACUGUGGCACCUACCCUGAGUUCUCCCAGCAGCCCCUACCCUAAAGGCCUGUGCGCCAAGCUCAGCCACAGUGCUCGUCCCCACCUCACACUGGAGAUCCCCAAACCUCUCCCAGACAAACCCUGCAUGGCUGCCUUCUCGCCCACCAUCAGGCCUGCCAAGAGCCCAAGGGAUGAUGUGUCACCCAGGUCCCAGGCAGGCAUGCUCUCCUGGAAGACAGAUCCAGCCCUUCGGGUCCAGACACCACCGACACCUUCCUCCAGUAUCCAGCUGGUCCCCAGCCUUUCGGCUGAUCUAGCAAAGAGAUCCCCAGGGAAGCUGCAGGAUGGUCAAUGUAGCGCGGCAAGUAACUCUGUGGAGAACCUCAAGCAGCCAGGCUCUGAGGAGGCAGGACCUUUCCUAAGUGAUACUGCGCCCGCCGAGCGCUCCCUCCAGAUUCCCCCUGUCGGCAUGCUGGCCUCCAGCCCCAGCGACCCAGGUUUGCUUCAGAGCCGCCCAUCCUUCAUCAUUCCGUCUGUGCCACUGCGACUGCCUGUGCCCAAGCACUUCUUCACCAGCAGCCUCUGGCCUUCCUCUUCCGUGUGCUCUCCUCCCUGUGCGUCCAUUAACCAUUACCAGCUACUGGAUUCCUCAUUAAAUGUGGAAACGUGUCGCCUUGUCGCCUCCGAGCUGCAGCGCAGUGUGAAGACAGCCACUCAACUCUACAGGAUGGUGAGUGCCUCAGAGAUGGAGUCCAGCCAGGAACAACAGGAGAUGGCCCAGGUCCUUAUGGAGGCCUUUGGCUCAGUGCGUGCUGACCUGGACUCUCUGUCACCAUCUUUGCCAAGCGAGGCACCUGGUGGAGCCCUGUGCUUGAUGGCCAGUAGAGCUGGGGGGGCUGGUGAAGAAAGGACCCUGGCCCUUCUGGAGCAGUACUCUGAGCUUCUACUCAAGGCUGUAGAGAAGAGGUUGGACAACAGGGUCUAAUGAGCAUGCUUUU